GUCUCAACCACAAACCCAGCUAGCGCGGCCAUCUCUCUCACGCACUCCCCGUUUCUUUCCCGGCCAUGGAGAUCAUCGACGCGGAGCUGCGCCUCGGCCCGCCCGGCAGCGGCGGCGACCUGGCCUUCGGCGCGUCGGCGGCGCAGAAGAAGCGUCCGUCGUCGUCGUCCGUGGCGGCGGCGGCCAGGAGCGAGGCCUCCGGGACCGACGACCACGACGCCACACCGGCUUCCAAGGUGCAGGUGGUGGGCUGGCCGCCGGUGGGCGCGUACAGGAAGAGCACGUUCCAGUCGGCAACGUCCACGUCCACAUCCACGGCCGACAAGGACAAGGGCGCCGGCGAAGCGGCAGCCGGGAAGAGACCAGGGGCCGGCGGUGGGCUGUACGUCAAGGUGAGCAUGGACGGCGCGCCGUACCUGCGCAAGGUGGACCUGCGGACGUACGGCGGGUACGGCGAGCUCAGGGCCGCGCUCGACAGGCUCUUCGGCUGCUUCUCCUCGCCGGACGCCUCCGCCGGCCAGUUCGCCGUCGCCUACGAGGACAAGGACGGCGACCUCAUGCUCGCCGGCGACGUGCCAUGGGACAUGUUCAUCUGCUCCUGCAAGAGGCUGAGGAUCAUGAGGGGCUCCGAAGCGCGAUGAAGAAGAUACAUGGUGCCAUGGCGGGCAUACACACAUCAAGCAGUGAUCAGGACAUGGACGAUGGAAUUUGGCCAUGGCUCAGGACCAGAGUUGGACGCGAGCACACGCGCGCACGAGUUCUUCUAUCCACGACCCAGAUGGCCAUGGGUGAGCGCAUGGAAGCACGCACGCACGCACGUCGUCUGUGCCCUGCAAAGGCACUUGGUACGUCGUACGAACCAAGACGGGACUGAUGGUUCGGGACAACUCCAGGGGGAUCAAGAUUCAGAAGAACGCUCGCGCCGGCCGGCCGGGUCGAUCGGCGUGCAGCAGUACUCUGUUGGAGUACAUGUACAGUCGUCAGAGAUUCAGCCAACAGUGAUUCCUAGAAGAACUGGCACUUGUAUUCACAAUCCUGUAUAGGUUCUUUGCUUAGUUUUUAUAAGUUUCUGAUGAUCUGUAUCGAUCCACGAGGAUCCGGGACACGAAGCAUAAAGCGAGAGGGAGAUUGAACUCCAAGUUUGCUC